AUGCAUCUAUAUCCACGGUGGCUAAUGAGUUCACGCGUCGCGAUCCAACGGUCCACGUCACGGGGCCUGCCCCACAGACAAAAGAGAGUGAUGUGGACCGGCGAAUGGUUUAUAUUCGUGGAAUCGCACGCUCUGGACGAUCUUAUAACUCGCCUUCUCAAACGGUCGGGCGAGCCAGUCCCAAUGACUGAGCAGGAGAUUGAGAACUUAUGUGACAGUGCCGCACAAAUCUUUUUAUCGGAGCCAUCACUGCUCGAGCUUAACGCUCCCAUCGUCGUGUGUGGUGACAUCCAUGGGCAAUACAGGGACUUGCUCAAGAUCUUCAACAUUGGAGGCUUUCCUCCCAGAUCAAACUAUCUCUUCCUGGGGGAUUACGUCGAUCGGGGCAACCAAAGCCUAGAAACCAUUUGUUUGCUGCUCGCGUACAAGGUCAAGUAUCCACAGAACUUCUUCUUGCUGCGGGGAAACCACGAAGACUCACAGGUCAACAAAGUAUUUGGCUUCUAUGACGAGUGCGUGGGGCGCUACAAGAGCGAGGAUGUUUGGAAGUGUUUUAAGCGAUGCUUUAAGUGCCUCCCCAUUGGAGCGUUGAUCGGGAAGAAGAUCCUGUGCGUGCAUGGAGGCAUCUCGCCGGAGUUAGAUUCCCUGGACCAGAUUAGAGAUAUUACAAGGCCAGUGGACGUUCCAGAGAGUGGGCUAUUGACGGAUUUGCUAUGGUCGGAUCCAUGUACGUGGGGAAACGGAUGGAACCAUAGUUUGCGUGGAUGCAGCAUGACGUUUGGCCCAGACCUUGUGAAGGAGUUUACUGCCAAGCACGGUUUGGAUCUUAUAUGCAGAGCUCAUCAAGUUGCGAACGAUGGAUAUGAGUUCUUUGCAGAUGGCAAGCUUGUGACGAUUUUUUCGGCUCCAUGUUAUAUGAAUAAGAAUAAUUUGGCUGCUAUCAUGAUAGUGGAUGAGAGACUGUUGUGCUCUUAUGAAAUUAUGGUACAACCCAUAAUAUCCUUCUCAACACAUCCAUAA